GGCGGCAGUGGCACACCACCGGCCGGCCAGCCUCCGCAUCCUAGCCUUGUGAUCGCUCGAGCGGCGAACCAUGAGGAAUCAGGUCUUCGCGGUGCUGGCCCUCGCCGGCGCCGCGCUGCUCGCCGCGGCCGGCGGCGCCAGCGGGCAGCAGAGCAUCAUCACGCGGCAGGUGUUCGAGAGCAUGCUCAGCCACCGCGGCGACAGCGGCUGCCAGGGCGCCUUCUACACCUACGACGCCUUCACCCAGGCCGCGGCCAGGUUCCCCGCCUUCGGCACCACCGGCGACGACCGGACACGCCGGCGGGAGCUCGCCGCCUUCUUCGGCCAGACCUCACAUGAAACCACCGGUGGAUGGUCAACUGCUCCGGGCGGACCGUUCGCCUGGGGAUACUGCCGCGUGGAAGAACAGAGUCAGACGGACCCACCCUACUACGGACGUGGACCCAUACAACUCACUCACAAAUACAACUACGAGCAGGCCGGUCGGGCGUUGAAUCUGGACCUGGUGGGCAACCCUGACCUGGUGUCGCGCAACCCCGUGGUGGCCUUCGAGACGGCGCUCUGGUUCUGGAUGACGCCGCAGGCGGCGAAGCCGUCGUGCCACGACGUGAUCACCGGCCGCUGGGCGCCCGGCGCCGACGACCGCCGCGCGGGGAGGCUCCCCGGCUACGGCCUCCUCACCAACAUCAUCAACGGCGGGCUCGAGUGCGGCAAGGGCCAGCCGACCGACGGCGACAACGACCGGGUCGGGUUCUACAGGAGGUACUGCAAGAUGCUCGGAGUGGCGGAAGGUGGCAACCUGUCCUGCGAGAACCAGACGCCGUACGCACCCGCCGGCUAAUUAAAUAUCGCAACUGAAAUAUAUAAGCAGUGCUAAUAAUAAUAAUAAUAAUAAUAAUAAUAAUAAUAAUAAUAACAGCCACCGCACCACCACUGCGCCUGGUUACAUUAUAGUAGUACUUGCUUAUGACUACGCUUGCUAUAUAUAGCCUUCACAUGUACGAGUGAUGUUAGUUGGAAUAAAGCUAGCAAUGCAAGCAAAGGCAACAUUUUGUAUGAUGCUUAUGUGUACUUCAGUCCCGUCUUUUUUCCGAGAUGGUAUGGAGUAUACAUGUCGCAUAUCUACGUGCAUCCUUAAUUCAUCUCGAGAUA